GCAGCAGCAGCUAGUAGGCCACACAACCAAAAACUAUUCUUUUGGUAUUUGUUCCCUCAAUUCAGCCUUCUUGCUUUCUCUCUCCCUCUCCCCCCUCUCUCUCUCUCUAGCUAGCUAGCUAGAGUUCCUCUCUCUCCCUCUCACUCUAGAAGAGAGAGAGAGAGGGGAGAAGAAGAAGAGAUCUGAAGCCAGGUAUUUGAGGAGCAGUCCAAUCGUAGGGAUAUAUUUGUGCUUGAGCUCAUCAUGCAUCUUUGAGUCCAAUUAAGCUGGGCUGCCAUGCAUGUGAUUGAUUGAUGUGUUGAUGAUUCGUGUGAAAUAAUUUGUUCAUGCAGGGAUCGGUCGACAUGGACGACUUCAUGCAGUGGGCGAUGAACACUCUAGACCAGCAGCAGUACCACGCUGCCGCCGCCGCUCCUCCCGCGGCGGCCCCGUACGGUGGCGCUGGCUCCAGCUCCGGUGGCAGCAGUGCUGGUGCCGCCGCCUUCCCUUCGCUGCAGGCGCUCCGCGAGUCCACGGCGGCGGCUGGUGGCGGCGGCGGUGUCAGGGGCCUGAGGGUGCAGGUGGACCACCACCAUCCUCCCAGCAGCUGGAGCACCAGCUCUGGCGACAGCCCCGGCGCCGCCAUGGACCACGACGCCCCCGCCGCGGGGUGGUCGCCGCACGCAGCCCGCGCCAGGAGCAGGGCCACCACCAGCAGCAGCAGGCCCAUGAGCUGGAACUUCAGCGCCGCCGCGCAGGCCACGCAGCUGCCGGCCGACAUCGACAUCUCCCCGCGGCCGGCCGCGCCCAGAGGCCACAGCACGCCCGCCGCCGGGAGGAGGUCGGGGGGCGGUGCCGCGUCGUCGGCGUCGCCGGGCCCCGUGCAGGACCACAUCAUCGCCGAGCGCCGCCGCCGGGAGAAGAUCAACCAGCGCUUCAUCGAGCUCUCCACCGUCAUCCCCGGCCUCAAGAAGAUGGACAAGGCGACGAUUCUUGGGGACGCGGUGAAGUACGUGAGGGAGCUGCAGGAGAAGGUGAAGACCAUGGAGGACGACGAGAGCGCCGCCGCCGCCGCCACCACCACCACCACCAUCCGCUCCGCCGUGCUCGUCAGCAAGAAGGUCAAGGCCGCCGCCGUCGACGACGAGGACGAGGAGGAGGACGCCGGCGAGGAGUCGAGCCACGGCGGGCUGCCGGAGAUCGAGGUGCGGGUGUCCGGCGAGAAGACCGUGCUGGUGCGGAUCCACUGCAAGAACGCGAGGGGGCUGCUGGUGAGGGUGCUGGCGGAGGUGGAGGAGCUCCGGCUCGCCAUCACCCACACCAGCGUCAUGCCCUUCCCGGCCGACACCGCCAUCAUCACCAUCACCGCAAAGGUGGAAGAAGGGUUCAACUCGACGGUGGAGGAGAUCGUGAGGCGGCUCAACUCAUCGCUGCGCCAACAUUAUGCCGCCAAUAAUUCUGAUGAUCUAAAUAGUGCUACCAAAAGAGAAUGCUAAGCUUAGCAAGCUCAUGCAAGUUGAUGGAUCAGGUCUUUCCUUGGAAGAUUUUAUAGAAAAUUGAGAGAUAAAUUCGUCGUGAUGAAUUCCUCAUCACGUUGGUGUGCAUCAGUGCAUGCAUGCAUGCAUGAUGAGCUUAUAGAUAUAUGUUGCACGCAUGCGUGCAUGCAUAGAGACGAGGAUUUCUCAGCCACAGGUUUGCAAGUUUUGGUUGCUAGCUAGCUACUUGCUGUUGCUCAAUCCCAAUCACACUGAUGAAAUAAUGACGGCAGCCAUAUAUGCUUGGAUUUUCAGUUAAUUCUUCUAUGCAUUUCUUUGUAUAAA